GGCAGAGUGGGAUAUUGGUCAGUCAGGUUACUUGCUUCGUCGCAGCUACAAUAAUAAAUUUUCCGUAGACUGAGUAAGCAUUAUUGCUCAAAGAGUUUCAGUUUCUAAAAAGAGCAUUUCUGAUUUAAGGAUGAACCCCAAAGAUAUACUAAGAUCCUUGGUCGGGCUGGUGGUGACAUUGACAGUGGUCGGCAUGGCGGUUUCUGCACCCCUAGAUGAAGAAGACCUCAGCUUGGAGCAUAAGGCGUGCCUCUACGAGUGCCUCAAAUGCGUUGAAUACUGGGGCAAAAUCUACAAUGGCCAGGCGUGCGCAGAAAAGUGUUUAGAGCACGAUGGCCGUGAUAUAGACCAUGAGUGCACUCUGAAUUUCCGGCUUGGCAAACGUAAAAACGGUUUCACGGCGGUGACAGACUGUAAGUCACGAUGCAAGGUUUGUGCUCGUGUUCAAAACAAUCCAACUAAGUAUAGUUACAACGAGAAUGCAUGCGCUCUCGAAUGCCAGAUGUCGACUGGAAGGAGUGUGGACAGCACUUGUAGCCGGCAUUACAUGACAUCUACAGUUGUCUUCAAGAAAUAGAACAUUAUCAUUUAUUUAUCAUUAAAUAUGUGAUUCGAUGUGUAUAAUGCAUGUGUUUGCGAUAAUACAGGGCGAAUCAAAGCAAUUGCAUACUUUUAACGUCUUUCUUAGAUAUGUCUUGGCGCAACUAUACUAACAAUGUUAUCUUUGGCGCACUUAAAGUAAUACUAUUUGUUUAAUAAAUGAAUCUCUCAAGCCUGUAACAAUACUUACGUUGACAGAAAUUGUGGAAGCAAAUGUGGAUAGGAAUGAAUAACAAAUGCCAAAUCA